GGGCUUCCAGACUUUUCUGUUCAGUCCUUCAGCUGCUGUUCCCGCUCUCUCUCCUCUUUCCCUCCCUCUCUCCUCUUUCCCUUCGGGUUCGCCGGCUGUGCUUCUGUUCUCGGCUUCGGGCGUCUUCUGCGUUGUGCUUGAGGUAUGGUUCUGCUCGUCUCUUCUCCCCCCCGUCCCCGGGUGUGCGAUGUGUAUUUUGGUGUUGUCAUUUGGUUCUUCUUGGACGGUGAGUUUGUGUUUUGGGUUAUGCAGGCUGGCUUCUGAUUGUUGGUGUUGGUUGUGUCUUUGAGCCAUUUGUGUUUUGUGUUCCGGGGUUGAGUGAUGUGCUUUCGCUUGUUUUAUUUUAUUUUUCGUGCUGCUGCUUUGUGAUUGUUUUCGCUAGAAAGGUCUAUUUAGCUUUGUUGUUUGGUGCUUCUGUGGCUUCCGGUUGCGGGGGCUGUAUUUUCGUGCUUGAGAUGUUGUUCUUUUCUUGUCUUUGUGAGUAAAGCUUUGUGUGUGCGUUGCUGUGCGUUUUCUCGUGCUUCAACGGUCUACAUUUUUUAGCUACUUCGGUCAUUUAUGUUAUGUGGUCGCAUUGUUUUUUUGGGGAGUUAGGUCUGUUUUUUGUCGUUUGUUGUGUUUUGGUAUUUGCUCGUUUUUGUUUCGUCUGCAGAAUGGCGGUUCGGGUUCCGUUUCUGCGUUGGGAUGUCAUUACGAACCCUUCUGUCAUAUCUGAAAGAGGGGUGCUUUAUUAUCUGGAAACUGCUCAGGGUGAACAGGUGGUUGCUGCUGUUCGAGUGCGUGGUCAAAACAAUCAAUUGGUUUACAAACCAUUACCUCAGUUUCUCGAGGAUUAUCAGGGUGUUCUGAAUUUAGGUGAUGUUGGUGUGUGGAGUUAUGGUUUUCAAUUGAAUGCGUGGUUAGAUGAUAUUGUCUACCAUUCGUUUGUGCGGUACAGUGAGGAAGCUGUUGACCAGUGUUGGUAUAUCAAGGAUUUUUCUCUUCCCGUUAUCGCUGAGGUUGCCUCGUUCUCUUUGCCAGUACUUCAGGGCAGAUGGUUCUGGCACUUGGGUUAUCCUCAGGCAUGGAUUGAAGGCAUGGUCGGUUCAGGUUGUUAAUCAAGAGUUCCGCAAUGGCUGGGAUGAUUUUCGUGAAGCACAUGGCUUAAAAGCAGACCACAAGAUUGUUUUUGGGUGCGAGCGCAAGUGGGUCUUUCAUACUAUUAUGUUUGAUGCAGAUGGCCGCGAGCUUGUGUUUGAUUGGUCAGGUCCAAAUGGUCACUGGCAAGAUUUACCGCCUUUGGCAGGUGGAGUGCGCACUGCUUGCUUGCCAUCGACUUUGACACCACACAAUGCGGUCGUCAAGUUUGUCUAUUUCAAUGUGUAUGGCCCUGAGUUACGCACUGGGAUUGAAACCCGGCUUCGGUAUGUCUUCAGAAUGCUUGCACUUGAACAAAUGGUUGUCAAGAUGGCAGAUCGUACUUGGAUUAUUCCUAUCCAGGAUCUGCGCCUCAAUGUCGAUGCCUUCAACCAAUUGGCUGCCUCGCUCCAUGUGCAGUGUCUUAACCAUAUCAUGUUUGUGAUGUUGCCUACCAUUGAAUUCCGAGUAAUAGUCUUUGACGGUCGCUACGACAGUGAAAGGAUCUACGAUUGGUUUUAGGCCAGUCAUUCAGGGGUUGUGCAGUACAUUUUGUGCCGUUGUGCGCUUGUGUGGUGUUGGAUGUCUUGCAUGCAUCCUUUUUGGAAACCUAAUAGUUGUGUGUCACUUCUCGGUGUUAUUAGCGUACGCUGCAAGACUUUCCCUUUUACCUCCUUUAAGACUUUGACAUGGUCCUUCUUGCUACUUUUAUUCUAGAUAUGCAGUUUAUGUUUCCUGCUCA